AUGGGCUGGCCGCGCGCCCACUUCAGCUGGUCGGCUCUGCGAUGCUUGGGCCGAGCGCAAUUCUACCUGAGCCUCCUGGGACUGCUGUUCUCGCUGUCGCUGCUCGGCUGGGCGUGGAGCCUGAAGAUCCAGCUGGGAGAUCACAUGGACGUGGCGCAGCCCGGUGACGGCUACCUCUGGCCCGCCACCGUCGUCGUCGUCGUCGUGUUCGUCCUGCCGGUACACCUGACGGCGAUCGCACUGAGGCCGGCCAUUUGUCGCGAUCUCGAGAGUAAACGAGCCCUCCGAAUGAGUCGAGACGCCGGUAAGAGCAUGGAUCGGCUGCUGUUUCUGCACGUUCUGCUGUCGUGCUUGUCGGGCAUUCUGGUGUUCGGGAUUUGCGCGGGCAGCGUUUUUUACUGGAGCAACGUGCGCCGACGACUGAAGCAAGGCCUGCUGAAGGCUCUGCGACGCUAUCCGACCGAUCGGGACAUUCGGCACGGCGUCGAUCGCCUGCAAAUGGAGCUGCACUGCUGCGGCGUCGAUUCCUAUCGCGAUUGGUUUUAUCUGCCUUGGGCUCCCGACGGCGGCGAUUAUUACGAGGAAAAGCCGGGGCCGCCGGUGAGCGGCGACGUGCCCUACUCGUGCUGCCUGGUGGACAUACUGCGCGAGUGCGUGCAUCGAGAGCUUUUGACGUCGGGCCGAUCGGAGCCAACGAUAUCGCGCCUCGGUUGUCACGUCAAGAUCCUCGGCCGCGCCGACGACGCCGGCAGGGACGUAAUGGCCUGCUUGAUUUUUCUCACGGUUUAUCAGUUGACAUUGUCGAUCCUGUCGCGCCUACUGCAGACGGCCCGAUGGAGCGCACUUAGUCACGAAACUUGCGGCGAGCCGCAGUACGAGGCUUGGCUCUUCGGCAUCAAAGGACAACUGGCGCCAGCUGCUCGAUAUUCCGAGCUGCGGAUGCUUCGGCCCGUUAACGACCAGGUAUGCAAGCAGAGAUACAACCGAGAGAAAUGA